UGUUUGUUAAUUUUUAGAAUAGAAGAAAUUAAAAAUAUCGAGGAAAUAAAGAAAAAAAAAAGAUUCGAACUUGAGAAACAAGAUCAAAUAAAUAUGAACAAAUUUUUGCAAGAUAUAAAGGAAUACGAAGCACAACAAUUGCAAAACAAAAAAGAGAAAUUAAAACAAUUUUUCAAAGAAGCUAUAGAGGACAAGAAACAAUUUGAUCUCGAGCUUGAACACGAAGACAAAUUUGAGGAUCGAGCAAUUGAGAUUUAUCGAAAUGCUCAAUUGCGAAUUCAAAAGCUUCAUAAAUCACUAAAAUUAAAAGAGAAAGAAGAGAAAGAGCAGCACGCCCAACAGAUAUACGAUCAGUUCGAUAAAUAUCGUAUUAUUUUGAAUGAAAAAUUAGCUAAUGAGGAACGACUUUUAAAAAAAGCUCAAGAAGAGCAAGAGGAAAAUUAUCAGAAGAAUCAAAAGAUACGAAAAGAAAAUCAUGAAAAAGUGUUAAAGGAGAUAAAAGAUUUUCGGACGGAACGUAUAAAUACAAAGUUGAAACAACUUCAAGAAGAUGAAGAUAUGAAGAUGUGGGAAAUGAUGCAAAGGUAUAAAACUAAUGAAUACGAUAGGGAAGUGGAAAUCGAGGAGCAAAAGAAAAAUUGGAAUAAAAAAGUAGAAUAUGGAGAAGAGAUAAAAAAAUAUAUUAGCGAGAAAGAAGAAGAAAGAAGACAAGCGAAACUUGACGAAGAUGAAACUCCAAUUGUGAAAAAGAUUAUCGAUAUAGAGAAUAAAAAGAUUCUUGAUUAUGCGGAAGAAGUUGUAAACGAAUCUAAAGGAGUGAGACCGCUUUAUCCAAUUCUUAAGGCAGUAAAGAAAUGCAAAGAACAAAUGGGCUUAUUAUCACCGAAGAAAAAAGAAGAAACAAUCGUUACAAAAUCUAAAAGGAAACGGAAAACUCAUAGAUGUGCAAAAUUUGUUCCCGAGGAAAAAAUCUGUUAUGUGUAACAGAAGAAUUCUAAUGUUUAAUUUUAAUCCUAUUAAUUGAAAAUCUAGUAAAAUAAUAUUUACUUCGUAUGUGUGAAAAAACGAAAUGUAGAA